AUGGAUUCGGUGGGAAUCAUCAGAUCACUGGCUCUCUACGCCGGGUACAGGGCGCUGGAAGCAGAACAAAUGACCAAGAAAGCCUUUCCAACACUGCUGGUCGAAAUGGACAGAGUGAUGGACAUCCAGGUCAAUCGCCCCGAGGUACGAGGACUGCUGAAUACCGGCAGCGGAUCACAGCGUGCUUGCUUAUUAUGCAACGUUAUACACAAUGGGCGAUGUCCUUCCCAUUGGUCGAAGCUGUGCUUCGAGUUCAGCCCGCGACCAAGAAGAACGUUCUUGUCCUUUGCCACCUCUCUGCAGCUCCGCUACUUCAUACAGCACCAGAUUGGGUGUUAUGGGCCGAAAAUUGUCAACCAGGAGGCUGAUUCGCUAUUGGCCUACGUGGAAGAGGCUGGAGAUGUUGACCCCGAGCUCGUCAAGUUCCUCAAGGGGCUGUCGAGAAGGGCGGUGUUCUCCAAGGAAAGAAUCUUGCGAAUCUGGUCGAGCAAGUCCAAAAAGAGGGACGCAGUCGGCCAACGACCUAUCUCGUCAGGAGCGUAA